AUGUCCGAAAAAUUUCCUCCUCUAGAAGAUGAAAAUGUGGAUUUCACAGCCAAUGAUAAAAAAGAAGACGAUACCAGUUUUUUGAGAAGAGAAGCUGAAAUAGUCGGAGACGAGUUCAAGACUGAACAAGACGACGAAAUAUUGGAAAACGAAGCUUCUCCUGCGGAUGACGAAAUUAAAGAUUUUGAAGAACAAUUCCCUGAUAUCAACUCUGCAAAUGGUGAAAUCCCAAACGAUCAAAACGGCAGUACUGUUGCACCUACUAGUAACGAUAAUGGCGAUGAAAGCGACGAUUUCUCGGAAUUCGAAAGCGUGCCAGCCAACCAGAGUACAGAAUCCACCAAAGAGGACCGUUCUGAAGUUGUAGAUCAAUGGAAGCAACGUCGUGCUACGGAAAUCCAUCAAAAGGACGUAAAGGACGAAGAAUCUAAGAAGGAAUUACAAGACGAAGCCGUUAAACAUGUUGACAAAUUUUACGAUUCAUACAACAAAAAGAAGGAACAACAAUUAGAAGAUGCUUCAAAGGAUGCCGAAGCUUUCUUGAAAAAAAGAGAUGAAUUUUUUGGCCAAGACAAUACAACUUGGGAUCGUGUACUACAAUUAAUCAAUCAAGACGAUGCAGAUGUCAUUGGAAGUAGAGACAGAUCCAAGUUUAAAGAAAUCCUUUUGAGAUUGAAGGGUAAUUCCAAGGCUCCUGGUGCUUAA